AUGUCCGACCUCCCACCGAGAGGUUGGGGUGCGAGGCCCCCUGGGGCAGUUCCUAGAAGCCGUCGUAGGGGGGACUCAGGCUCCGCACCACCAGCAAUACCACCAUCGGUUGCUGGCUCAUCGCCCCUGGGCGGUGAUGCCUCACCAAUCUCGCCAGACCCUACCUCGACUAGGGCCACAUACUCGACAGUUGUGCCGUCUCGAUCUCGCCACACGUUGCCCUGCCGCAGGUCCCGUUCCACCACGGGUUCCGCCCAUUCGUCCACAGAUGAGUCUGACUCAGGGAUGGCCCACCCCCAGGAGAUGGAGGUUGAGGGCACUCAGGGAGGGGAGGAGGUCUCGAGGGACCCCUCCGUCGACCUACUCUUAGGUCAAUACGCCUUGAAGUUCCAAGACACAGUCGAGGAUCUUCCUGGCGAUCUCGAGGUAUUGACCACCUCCAUUGCGAAGGCCACAGACUGGGUUCUGCGGGCCGCGCACCACAAUCCGCUCACCAUCGAUGGGGGUGAUGCCUUUGUGGCCCAGAUGACGUCCUUUGUGAAUGCCGUCAUGGCCACUGACUUUAGUCAUAUUUGCGGGCCAGGCGAACUCGACAACUUCUCACUCGCCUCUCUCCUCGAGGCUGAGACGUCUUCUAAGGACGAGCUGACCAUCCACCCGGCUCCUGUAUUCAGGUCUCCUCCUCCUGCUGCCUGUGGGCCGCUCGAUGAGGGUGUCGCUGGUGUAGGGGCUCCACCCAAUGUCCUCAUGCAGGCUUUGGACAACCUUGGUCGCCCAGCCUCCCCACCUCGCAUCCCCGCUUCCAAGAAGCGUAAGGGUGUCGAUCGUCCGGUACCACCUCCUCCUCAGAAGAAGAGCAAGGUGGCCUACUCUCGCCCUGGUCUGCCCCUGCCGAUCAAUCGCGCUACUAAACCCAAGCCCCGUCCAACAACGUGGGCAGGGAUUGCAUGA